CGCAAAGGCCAUUCCAUUCUCCGAGGAAGGGAGAAGAGAAGAAGAGAAGAGUGGACUUUGCUGGACCGGAGUCCUUUCCUCCCUCCGUCUUCCUCGCCCACAUCACAUCGCAUCAUUGCUGCCUCUGCCUGCUUCACUCCCCACUCCACUCAACUUCCCCUCCCGACAUGCUUCCUGCUACUCUCUGACUUCACUCCCCGCUCCCCUGCCCUUUCUGUGCGCGCCGGAGCCGCGAAUCCAUGGCGAAAUGCGGCUCCUUUCCGCCGCCGCAGCUGCUCCUCUUGUUCUUCUUGCUGGUGUCUCCCUUGCCGGCGGCGGUGGAAGUGGCGGCGGCGGAGUGCCACCCUGACGACCUCCGCGCGCUGCGGGCCUUCGCGGGGAACCUCACCGCCGGCGGCGCCACGCUCCUCCGCGCCGCCUGGUCCAGCGGCGGGUGCUGCGGAUGGGACGGCGUCCUCUGCUCCGGCUCCGGCGGCCGCGUCACGGCGCUGCGGCUCCCGGGCCGGGGCCUGGCGGGGCCCAUCCAGGCGGGCGCCCUCGCCGGGCUCGCUCAUCUUGAGGAGCUCGACCUCAGCAGCAACGCGCUCACGGGCCCAAUCUCCGCCGUCCUCGCGGGCCUGGGCCUCCGCGCCGCCGACCUCUCCUCCAACCUCCUCUCCGGCCCGCUAGGGCCCGGCCCGCUGCUCCCGGCAACCCUCUCCUUCUUCAACGCCAGCAACAACUCCAUCUCCGGCUCCCUCUCCCCGGACCUCUGCGCCGGCGGCGCCGCCCUCCGGGUGCUCGACCUCUCCGCCAACCGCCUCGCCGGCGCGCUCCCCUCCUCCGCCCCCUGCGCCGCCACGCUGCAGGACCUCUCCCUCGCCGCCAACUCCUUCACGGGCCCCCUCCCCGCCGCGCUCUUCUCCCUCGCCGGCCUCCGGAAGCUCUCCCUCGCCUCCAAUGGCCUCACGGGCCAGCUCAGCUCGCGGCUCCGGGACCUCAGCAACCUCACCGCGCUCGAUCUGUCCGUGAACCGCUUCUCCGGCCACCUCCCCGACGUCUUCGCCGGCCUCGCCGCGCUCGAGCACCUCAACGCGCACUCCAAUGGCUUCUCCGGCCCGCUGCCGGCGUCGCUCUCGUCGCUGGCUUCUCUCCGGGAGCUCAACCUCCGGAACAACUCCCUCUCAGGCCCCAUUGCUCAUGUCAACUUCUCCGGUAUGCCAUUGCUCGCUUCGGUCGAUCUCGCCACGAACCGCCUGAAUGGAUCGCUCCCGGUUAGCCUCGCCGAUUGCGGCGAACUCAGGUCGCUCAGCCUUGCCAAGAACAGCUUGAUCGGGGAAUUGCCCGAGGAGUACAGCCGGCUGGGGUCGCUCUCCGUGCUCUCGCUGUCCAACAACAGCCUGCACAACAUCUCCGGGGCGCUCAAGGUGCUGCACCAGUGCAGAAACCUCACCACUCUGAUCCUCACCAAGAAUUUCGGCGGCGAGGAGCUGCCCAAUCGUCGCAUUAGAGGGUUCAAGAACCUGGAGGUGCUUGCCCUCGGUGAUUGUGAUCUCCGGGGAAGGGUUCCGGAAUGGCUGCUUCAGAGCGAGAAGUUGGAGGUGCUUGAUUUGUCCUGGAACCAGUUGGUCGGCACCAUCCCGUCGUGGAUCGGUUUCCUUGACAACCUGAGCUACUUGGAUCUCUCAAACAAUUCCUUGGUCGGCGAGAUACCCAAGAGUUUGACGCAGCUGAAGGAGCUUGUCAGUGCCAGGCGUUCGCCGGGUAUGGCGCUCAAUAGUAUGCCGUUGUUUGUGAAGCACAACAGAAGUGCGAGUGGCCGGCAGUAUAACCAGCUCUCGAAUUUCCCGCCGUCGUUGAUCUUGAACGACAACGGUCUGAAUGGGACUGUCUGGCCUGACUUUGGGAACCUGAAGGAGCUACAUGUGCUGGAUCUGAGCAACAAUGUCAUAUCUGGGAGCAUUCCUGAUGCACUCUCCAGGAUGGAAAAUUUGGAGUUUCUUGACCUGUCCUCCAAUAAUCUCAGUGGACAGAUUCCGUCUUCCCUGACAGGGCUCACCUUCUUGUCUAAAUUCAAUGUGGCUCACAAUCACUUGGUGGGUCUUAUCCCGGAUGGAGGGCAGUUCCUUACCUUCGCAAACUCUAGUUUUGAGGGCAACCCUGGUUUGUGCAGGUCAACUUCUUGCAGCCUGAAUCGGUCUGCGGAAGCUAAUGUUGACAAUGGGCCGCAAUCUCCUGCAAGCUUGAGGAACAGGAAAAACAAAAUACUUGGAGUGGCAAUCUGCAUGGGGUUGGCACUUGCAGUACUUUUAACUGUUAUUCUGUUUAACAUUUCUAAAGGGGAGGCCAGCGCUAUCAGUGACGAAGAUGCCGAGGGCGACUGUCAUGACCCAUAUUAUUCAUACUCAAAGCCAGUGCUGUUCUUUGAGAACUCUGCAAAGGAGCUGACUGUCAGUGAUCUUAUCAAGUCGACAAACAACUUUGAUGAGGCUAACAUAAUAGGGUGUGGUGGGUUUGGUAUGGUGUACAAGGCCUACCUCCCUGAUGGAACCAAGGCGGCGGUGAAGAGGCUAUCUGGCGAUUCCGGCCAGAUGGAGAGGGAGUUCCAUGCCGAGGUGGAAGCACUGUCGCAAGCGCAGCACAAGAAUCUUGUUUCGCUGAGAGGGUACUGCCGCUACAGAGAUGAUAGGCUACUGAUCUACACAUACAUGGAGAACAAUAGCCUGGACUACUGGCUGCAUGAGCGGGAGGAUGGCGGUUACAUGCUGAAAUGGGAUUCGAGGCUCAAAAUUGCUCAGGGUUCAGCCAGGGGUCUGGCUUACUUGCACAAGGAGUGCGAGCCGAGCAUCAUCCACCGAGACGUGAAGUCGAGCAACAUUCUUCUGAACGAGAACUUCGAAGCACACCUGGCUGAUUUCGGGCUGGCAAGGCUGAUGCAGCCCUAUGACACUCACGUGACUACCGAACUAGUCGGCACCUUGGGAUACAUACCACCAGAGUACAGCCAGUCGCUGAUCGCCACCCCGAAAGGCGAUGUUUACAGCUUCGGCGUCGUCCUGCUGGAGCUCCUCACCGGUAAACGCCCCGUGGGAGUGUUGAUAGUGAAGUGGGACUUGGUGUCAUGGACCCUCCAGAUGCAAUCCGAGAACAAGGAAGAGCAGAUCUUCGACAAGCUGAUAUGGAGCAAAGAGCAUGAGAAGCAGCUGCUGGCAGUCCUCGAGGCGGCGUGCAGGUGCAUCAACGCAGACCCUCGGCAGCGUCCGCCGAUAGAGCAAGUCGUCGCAUGGCUCGACGGCAUAUCACCAUAAUAUAUCUACAUACCUUGUGUUAGUUUCCCAGCUGCCUUUUUCUUUUCCGGACAUAUCUAGGUCUUGACAUGGGUGGUAAACAGGAGUAGCAGAGAAACAAUCAGGGCUAGUAUCAAUCUAGGGGAUGAUGCAGCUUAUGUGAUGUAAAUUCCUUCCAUUAUAGAUGGUGAAACAGCAGAGAAUAAAUAACCGAAAGUCUUGUGUUGCUGUGAAAUAUCAAGAGAAAUAUUAUGUCCCUGGAAAUGUUGUUCAAGUCUGAUCUGAACUA